GAAGAGCUGGAAAGCGAGGGAAAAUUGCUUAAAACCCUAAAAAAAUUCUCUCCUCCUUUCUUCUUCUUCCUUCACUUCUACUUCUCUUAAAAGCUUUCAAGUAACUUUUCGAAUCAAGCACAAUGAUUUAGCAGCUCCUUUUUUGGCCGUUCUCUCUCUCAAGUCUCUUGUGAGAGGAGACAGAGAAGAGUCCUACUCUUUUUUUAGAGAUAGUAAAAAGUUCAGAGUGGAGUGAGGAGGGCAUUCUCAAAGGGAUUUUGACUUUCCUUUUUUUCUUUGGGUUUGGUGGAAGCCUUUGAAUAUGAUGGCGAGGCUUCUCCGAAAUGCUUCUUCUUUCGGACGCUCUCUGUUUCUGCAACCUCCCUCUCAGACUUUUAGGAAGAGCUUGUUAGGGGCAUCCACUCAGCUCUCCUACUUUUCCUCCAAAGGUAGAAGAAAAUCCAAGUCAGAUGGAAGUGACUCGGGUGAGGAGAAUAUGUCAAAGAAAGAUUUGGCACUCAAGCAGGCAAUGGAUCAGAUCACUGCAUCAUUUGGAAAAGGUUCUAUCAUGUGGCUUGGUCGCUCUGCCCCUGUCAAACAAGUUCCAGUUGUGUCUACAGGUUCAUUUGCUUUGGAUAUUGCGCUUGGGGUUGGAGGACUUCCAAAGGGACGUGUUGUGGAGAUAUAUGGUCCAGAGGCUUCUGGAAAAACAACUCUUGCUCUACAUGUAAUUGCUGAGGCACAGAAACAAGGAGGCUACUGUGUUUUUGUUGAUGCUGAGCACGCUCUUGAUCCAGCCCUAGCUCAGGCUAUCGGAGUCAACACUGAAAACUUACUUCUUUCACAACCAGAUUGUGGGGAGCAGGCUCUCAGUCUUGUAGAUACCAUUAUCAGGAGUGGUUCAGUUGAUGUUGUUGUGGUGGACAGUGUUGCUGCCCUUGUCCCCAAAAGUGAACUUGACGGUGAAAUGGGCGAUGCUCACAUGGCAAUGCAAGCUAGAUUAAUGAGCCAGGCUCUUCGCAAACUGAGCCAUUCUUUGUCUUUAUCACAAACUAUCCUAAUCUUUAUUAAUCAGGUCAGAGCAAAACUAUCUGUUGUUGGAUUUGGUGGCCCCACUGAAGUCACCUGUGGUGGUAAUGCAUUGAAGUUUUAUGCUUCAGUGCGUCUAAACAUCAAGAGAAUAGGUCUUGUCAAGAGGGGUGAUGAGACCAUAGGCAGCCAAGUUGUGGUGAAGAUUGUAAAGAACAAGCAUGCCCCUCCAUUUAGAACAGCAGAGUUUGAGCUUGAAUUUGGGAAGGGGAUUUGUCGUGAAUCAGAGAUCAUAGAGUUAGGAUUGAAGCACAAGUUCCUCAGAAAGAAUGGUGGGUUUUAUUAUGUGAAUGGUGAGACAAUACACGGCAAGGAGGCCUUGAAACAGUACCUGGCUUCAAACGAGAGCGUACGAGAAGAACUUACGGUGAAACUUAGGGAGAAGCUUGUUGGUGCAGAAGCAAGCAAGGAUACUGAUCCGGAAGGUUUAGAUGGAGACACUGUUGGGGAGAUUGUUGCAUCGGAUACGACCGAUGAAGAAGUUGUAACUGCAGUUGAGGCAUAAAGUGUGAAUGUCCUCUGGGUGUAAAUGCUAUUUUUCAUUUCUCUUCUUGGUUGCUCCAUGCAGUGGAUUAAGUUGAUAGUACUUAGAGUUGGAGCACUCUUGUUUGCAGGCCAUCUGUAACAGUGUUUUGAUUUUCUCGUGAUGGCCCUGUAUCUUCUAUCUGUCAGAUAUACAUAUUCUCUUGGUCAUCUAAUUGAUCAAAAUUUUGUUGGUCUAGAAAGUGCAAGGCCCUUGUUAAUUUUCUGGAAUUUGAUUUCCAGGUUCUAAUCAUCGUUUAUACAGCAGCAUUUGUACGUCACGACAUUGGUCUGCAACCACUUUGGUGGUGAUUUUUGAGGAAAGUAAGAUCAUGCCUUUUCCUUC